AGCUCUGCACACUCUUCCUGCUCUGAGUGGAAGCGCAGAGGAUUCCCUUGUUGUUUCGUUCAUGGCACUCGUGCUCUUUAACAGCUGUGAAGAGCAGCAACAGCAGCAGCAGCAGCAGCAGCAGCAAGGAAGAGCAGUCCCCGCAAAGGCUCUCCCACUCAAAGGAAGUUUGGACUGAGGACGAGCGCCGUGGGUCCUGAAGCCGUGGGGUUUGUGCACCUUCGCUCUCCACCUGUGUGAUUUGUGGGAGAGGCUGUGAGGCUGCGUCGGAAACAACUGUUAGACCGCGACGAGAUACCGGGCAGAGAGAGGAGAGCGAGAGAGAGAGAGAGAGAACCCGAGAGGGACCAAGGAACUGGGCAGAGGGGGCUCUGCGAGAGAGAGACAGAGAGAGAGGGAGAGGGAGAGACAGCCAAACAGCAAUGGACCCCGAGGUCACAGAGAAACCCCUCCAGCAGCCCGGGGAGUGUUGGAGGUUCUCCGUCUUGUACUUGUGUUUUUAUGGGUUCAUGGCUCAGAUUAAGCCAGCAGAGAGCUUCAUCACACCUUACCUCUUGGGGCCGGACAAGAACUUCACCAGGGAGCAGGUCACCAAUGAGAUCACGCCGGUCCUGUCGUACUCCUACAUGUCAGUGCUGGUCCCCGUCUUCCUGCUGACAGACUACCUCCGCUACAAGCCAGUCCUCAUCCUGCAGAGCCUCAGCCAUGUUGCUAUCUGGCUCCUGCUGCUCUUUGGGACCACCGUGCUUCAGAUGCAGUUCAUGGAGUUCUUCUACGGAAUCACCAUGGCCGCCCGGGUGGCCUACUCCUCCUACAUCUUCACCCUGGUCAGCCCCCAGUCGUACCAGAAGGUGGCCAGCUACUCCCGCUCCUCGGUGCUCAUGGGGGUCUUUGUCAGCUCGGUACUGGGUCAGCUCUUCGUCACCCUGGGCGAUGUACCCUUCUACACCUUGAACUACAUCUCCCUGGGCUUCGUGACCUUUGCCUUCACCCUGACCCUGUUCCUCAAGUGGCCCAAGCGGACCAUGUUUUUCAACAGGCAGGCCCUGGCAGCCAACGGGUCACUGCAGGAUGGGGCAGGCACCACGCUGGUCACCUCUGCCAAGCAACUGAACGAGAAGCAGAGGGCACCUCGCGGCUGGCGUUGGAGGGAGACGGCGCUGGUGAAGAUGAUCCUGGAGCUCAAAAAUACAGUCCGAUCACCGCGGCUGAAGUUGUGGUCUCUGUGGUGGGUUUUUAACUCCACAGGUUAUUAUCUGGUGGUCUACUAUGUGCAGAUCCUGUGGGACAACAUCCACCCGUCCAGGGAAAACAGGGGCGUCUACAAUGGAGGCGUGGAUGCAGCUGCCACACUGCUAGGUGCCAUAGCGUCUUUCUCGGCCGGGCACGUCACGAUGCAGUGGUCACUGUGGGCGGAGCUGGUCAUUUUCGUCGUCACGGCACUGCAGGCUGGACUCCUCUUUCUCAUGAACACCACCACCAACAUCUGGGUCUGCUACGUUGGCUUCGUCCUGUUCCGGAGUAGCCACCAGCUCCUGGUUCCCAUAGCGAUUUUUCAGAUUGCUGCGUCACUGUCCAAGGAACUCUGUGCCCUGGUGUUUGGCAUCAACACCUUUCUGGCCACCAUCUUAAAAACCAUCAUCACCCUGAUCAUUGCUGACAAGCGGGGACUGGGGCUGCAUGUGAACAACCAGUUCUACUUCUACAUUGGCUACUUCUCCCUGCUGGCAGCCACGUACCUGGGGAGAGGGCUGUACGUCUUUGCCAGGCACCACCAGGAAGAGAAGAAGGCCCGGGGCCCACGGAAGAAGGAGGAGGAGGCCGCCUGCUCGGUGACGGAGAUGGACAGGGCCGGCAGUCAUGCCCACACGACCUGCCCGAAGGCGUGAGUUUGUUCGCAGCGAUUCACCUUGAAGUACGGGAGAGCCCAGGACAGUCCCGAGGAGUUGGAAACCCUCCACUCACUGCACGUUGAAUGCAAAGGCUCAGCCCUACCGAGCAGCUUUCUUUUGCUCAGUUUGCCAGUGAAGCAGUGAAAUGACUCCCUCUUCAAAUUUAUCCUUCGGUUGUGCAUUGCCUCCUGCAAGCAAAGAGGUAACAGAACCUUACCAAGGUCCUAAUGUUAAGGUUGCCAGACUGAGAGAUUAUUUCCAGUGCUUACUUAGAAUAUAUACAUAGAAAUAUAAUAUAUAUACAUAUAUCGAUAUAGAUAUAUGUUUGUUUGAAUGAAAUAUUUGUACAAUUUUAAGGUUUUAGUGUACAGGUUGCUGGUUUAGCAAACCUGGAGGUACCAAAAUGGUGCAAGGCUACGAUUUAAUGACUAGGUAUAUUAUUUAGAGAGUUGGAAUUCUUUCUCAUUGUGACAUGAUGGGGCGGAGCGAGGGAUGUACGCAGUCAGCUUAGAACACUGCACACAAUUCAGGUCUCCAAACUAUCAGAAGGACAGAGAGGCAUUGGAGAAGUUGCAAUGCAGAUUUGCAAGAAUGAUACCAGAACUGAGGGAGCAUAGCUAGCAGGAUGACAGGGCUGGGGUUUACCACCCAAGAAAAGAGAAGGCUGAGAGAGUUCUUUUAAGAAAACAUUAUGAAGAAACCUGACAGAGCAGACAAAGAAAAGAUAUUUUUAAGCUGGUCCCUGGGACGAGGGGGUUGUCCUGUGACGAGAGGCUGAGUGAAUUGGGUCCAUAUUCUCUGGCGUUUAGAAGAAUGAGAGGCGAUCUCAUUGAAACCCACAAAAUUCUGAAGGGGCUUGAUAGGGUGGAUACCGGGAGAUUGUUUCCGCUGGUCGGGGAGUCUAAAACACAGGGACACUGC